GUUCUGAGUCAUUCAACAGGCGCCUUGCCCAGGAUCAAGGCGGACUUUAAGUGUUCACAAAGCAGGAAUAGAGGCAGAAGCAGCCACAGCAGCAGGUAUCUUCAAAGUGAAGCUCUAGGGAAGCUCUAAGACCUCUCAGACUCUCGGAGCCUAGGAUCUAUAUUGGCUCUUUAGAGUCAGGACAGAAGCUAAGCAGGACAAAGGCUGGGAUCUCACCAGAGCUGCAGGAAGAGCCCAGGAGCUAGCAAAAGACUCCAGUGACAGAGAGUCUAGACCCUGCAAAUGGAUGACCUCUGUGAAGCCAAUGGCUCUUUUGCCAUCAGCCUAUUAAAAAUAUUGGGUGAAGAAGACAAGUCACGGAACCUGUUCUUCUGCCCCAUGAGUGUCUCCUCAGCCCUGGCUAUGGUUUACCUCGGAGCCAAAGGACACACUGCUACCCAGAUGUCCCAGGUACUUGGUUUGAGUGGAGAUGGAGAUGUUCAUCAAGGUUUCCAGACACUUCUCGCCGAAGUUAACAAAAGUGGCACUCAGUACUUGUUAAAAAGUGCCUGUCGACUCUUUGGAGAGGAAUCAUGUGAUUUCCUUCCGACCUUCAAGGAAUCCUGCCAGAAGUUCUACCAGGCUGGGAUAGAAGAGAUGUCCUUUGUUAAAGACACUGAAGGGUGCAGGAAACGCAUCAAUGACUGGGUGUUGGAAAAAACUGAAGGUAAAAUUUCCGAAGUUCUGAGUCCUGGAACAGUUUGCCCACUGACUAAGCUGGUUCUUGUGAAUGCCAUGUAUUUCAAAGGGAAGUGGAAGGCUCAGUUUGACAGGAAGUACACGAGGGGCAUGCCCUUUAAAACUAAUCAGGAGGAGAAGAAGACAGUGCAGAUGAUGUUCAAGCAUGCUAAAUUUAAGAUGGCACACGUGGAUGAGGUGAAUGCGCAGGUUCUGGCUCUGCCCUAUGCUGAGGACGAGCUGAGCAUGGUCGUUCUCCUUCCUGAUGAGAGCUCUGAUCUCACUGUGGUGGAGAAAGCACUUACAUAUGAGAAGCUUAGAGCUUGGACAAGCCCAGAAACCCUGACAGAAAGUAAAGUGCAAGUCUUUUUCCCCAGAUUAAAGCUGGAGGAGAGUUAUGACCUGGAAACUGUUCUUCAGAGUUUGGGAAUGACAGAUGCCUUUGAGGAAACAAAGGCUGACUUCUCUGGGAUGACAAGUAAGAAGAAUGUGCCUGUGUCCAAGGUUGCCCACAAGUGCUUUGUGGAGGUUAACGAGGAAGGCACCGAAGCCGCUGCGACCACUGCAGUGAUCAGGAAUACCCGAAGCUGCAGAAUAGAGCCAAGGUUCUGUGCUGACCGCCCAUUCCUUUUCUUCAUCUGGCACCAGAAAACCAGCAGCAUCUUGUUCUGUGGCAGGUUCUCUUCUCCAUAACGUCCUUAUGGGGCUGAGGAUGUGGUUCAGUUGGCAGAGUGUUUGCAUAACAAGCACAGGGCCCUAGGCUCAGCCCUAAGCACCCUAUGAAGCUAGGCCUGAUUGUGCCUACCUGCCAUCCUAGCAUUUGGGAGGUGCAGGAUGAAUGAGUCACACAUUCAAGGUCAUCCUAAGUGACACAGAACUCUGUCUCAAACACCACCACCACCACCACCACCACCACCGCCAACAACAACAAUAACAAUAAAAAACAAGAAAGUAGAUGUGUGAUUGAUUAACACAUCAUUCUCUACUGAAUUCUGGAAUUAAAAUCCCAUGUUAUCAGAUUUGCCAAGGUGAUUUCAAUGUAAAAAUAAAAAGAGUAGACUUAGUAGUUGCUGACUAUCCUUCCUGACUGUCCCAAUACUGUGUAUGGCAGUUUGGAGUGGACGAGAAGGCCAUACUUGGUUUGGAGUGUCUGAGGUGAUUCUCAGUAUCUCCAGCCUUACUCCCAACCCAGAUCCUAAAGUGCUGCUCCACCCUGUUAACAUCUCUAAACUGUCCCCACCACUGAAAGACUUACCCGGGAAUGCCAGUGACCAUUCACAAAGCCAAGGGUAAGAGCUACAGAAUAACUGCUGCAACUGCCCAUGACUCCCACGUAGCUGAGAGAGUGUUUCUUUCCGUCAGUGUUACUCAAUGCUCCCUUAUGACUCAGGGUUCAGGCAACUCUUUCCACAAGUUUUCAGUGAAUGUUUAAGAACUCAGUGAGAGCCUUCAGGAUGGAGCUGAGAGAAGAGGCUGCAACGUGUUUCCUCCCCCAACCCCCUGACUGCUUUCUAAAGCUCCAAGUGUUUUCCUUAUUUCCCCUGACUCUAAUGAAAAUGUCACACAGGAUGAUUCUUACAAACCAUCUCUCUAAUUAACUACGUGCUCAGACAUGAUUCAAAUGUACCCUUAAUGCCCUAAAUGCAUAUGCAUGCUAGCAUCAGUACAUAGACUCAGUGGGUUGUACUUAUACAUGUGUGUGUGUGUGUGUGUGUGUGUGUGUGUGUAUGUGCAUGUGUAACAAAGAAGUCAUGAAUACGAGAGGGAGUGAGGGGGGCACAGGAGGAGUCAGGUGAUAAGUGAGGAGUGGGCAAAAAUAGACUAUUUAUAUAUGAAAUUCUAAAAUAAAAUUAAAGAUUAAAUAAAAAAGACAACUAUCUUUUCUGACUGAAUAAAAUUUUUAUUAUUGGCAGAAAGUGGGAAAUUAUAGGAACACAUACAAAGAAAUUUAAGCUUUCUGCAAGUCCCCUCCUCAGAAAUCACUAUUUUGAAUAUGCAUUAUAUCCAUUAUAUGGAUGCAAAUAUAAAUUCAUAAUGUUUUAGCACAGGAUAAUGAUCAUUUUUUGUAGCUUAUUUUCACUGUAAGUCUUGCUCAAGACAAUUAUCAUUCAGUGUCAACAUCUUGCUGUGCAUUGAAUUGUGGGAUGAGGGAGCGUUUUCUGUAAACAAACCUAUUUAGACAAUUUGGAAAAUUAAACAUGUAUUACAGACUACUGUGUUGAAUAUCUUCAAUGGUUGAUUACACUCUUAAUUUCUCAAUAAAUAUUGCUAAAAUGA